UCGAUCGCGCAAGGUGUCCGCCGUAGUUGCAGCAUCCGCAGUAAACGGUAGCCAUUGUAAUUCUCUCACAGGGUGCUAAGUGUGUGGUGUGGUGGUGGUGAGUUGCAGUCGCCGUCAGCGGGAAGAACGUAAGUAGGGGCCCAUUCCCUCAGUUGCAGGGGAAGCUUUCGUCAAGCUUUACACUACCAACCAUAGACUCGGAUUUGUGGCGCAAUCGGUGAAACGGUGCGGUGUUGUCCUGCUGGAAAAAAAAACUCUACACAGGGACAAAGAAAAUCCUUAUCGACAAUGAAUAUAUGCGUCGUUGGAGCGGGUGUCGUCGGUUUGACGACCGCGCUGGAGCUACAGCGUGAGAUGCGGAACGCCAAUGUCACCAUUCUAGCCGAUCGGUUUGAGCAGGACACAUGCAGCGACGUUGCGGCUGGCCUAUUUCGCCCCGGAACUAGCUUUUCCGGUCCGACGGAGGAAAUCACCAGGAAAUGGAUCUCCGACGCGUACAACCACUGGGAUGAACUUCGCAAGACGGAACAUUCUGCCCGUGCCGGUGUGUGCCAGUUGUCGGGUUACAUUUUUUCCAGCCGUGAUCCUGCCAUUGUUAGGAAUCACUACAUCGAAAAGGUCCUGCCCGUGUACCGUGCCGCGACCGAGCAGGAACUCCAAAUAUGUCCGGGCGAAUGGAAGUAUGGAUCGUUUUUCACAACCAUCCUUACCGAGUGCCGGCUGUUUCAACCGUGGGCGACAGAAAGGUUUCUUGACAAUGGCGGUCGGAUUGUUACCGUCGCCUUGAACAACCUGCAGGAGUUGCGCGGCAAGUACGAUGUGGUCGUGAACUGUACCGGGUUGGGGGCCAAGCGGCUGUGCAACGAUUAUAAAUUGGUACCCAUUCGCGGGCAGGUCAUAAAGGUACGGGCGUCCUGGGUGAAGACGGCAUUCUAUGCGGACUAUGAUACGUACAUUAUACCGGGCUUUCAAGGCGUAACGCUCGGGGGAUGCCGUAAUUUCGAUAGCUACAACACGGAGGUCUCCCGGCACGAUUCUGCUGCGAUUCGUGAGCGGUGCGAAUCACUGUUACCGAGCCUGAAAGGAGCACCUGUUAUACGGGAAUCGGUCGGAUUGAGACCGCAUCGUGAUCCGGUGCGCGUUGAAAUUGAAUUACUGCCUACAUCAAACGGAAAUCUACGCGUCGUACAUAACUACGGCCAUGGAGGAUAUGGGGUAACGACAGCACCAGGCACGGCAAAAUACGCCGUUCAACUUGUAAAGGAAGCAUUGCAAGCUAAUAGCAAAUUAUAAGCAUGUUAAGAGUAGCGUGAGUCGAAAUAU